GCCGCUGUUGUCUGACAGGGUUUCUAGCUACAGUCGGCUGGAUAAAACCAGGAAAACGUCGCGUCGCACGUUCGCCACCUACCUGUUGAAUAUUACCGCCGUUUUCACUUGCAAGUCUGGGGGGGUUGGGUUGACGAGUCACUCACUGUCGAAGAACAAAGUCGAACCUGGAAAAAAGGAGAGUCAGUCGAGUUUUGUCGAGGUAAAAAAGGCGGAAGGAAGGAGGAUUUGUGCAACUGGUAGCCACUCCAAUGUUCUAGCCGGACCGACAGACCAACGGAUUUAUCAACCGACCAACCGAUUUAUUGACGCCCAACACAAUGCCUUUAGGACUGAGGAGAAAGAAGAACAAGUCGAGAGAGAGCUCGAACCUGGUGGAGAAUGAGGAGGUCGGUGGACAGGCAGGUGGCAGCUCCGUGAAGUCGACUGUGAACGGAGCGGGGCUCCCACCGCCACCUGCCAACUUGCGGCCCAAACUAGUGUUCCACACUCAGCUAGCUCACGGCAGCCCCACGGGAAGGAUCGAGGGAUUUACUAAUGUCAAAGAACUCUACGGGAAAAUAGCCGAGACGUUCAAUUUAAGUCCACCAGAGCUCCUGUUCUGUACGUUGAACACCCAUAAGAUCGACAUGGAGAAGCUGCUUGGUGGACAGAUCGGUCUGGAGGACUUUAUAUUCGCCCACAUUAAAGGGAUUAAGAAGGAGGUGGAGGUGUUUAAGUCCGAGGACGCCCUGGGACUCACCAUCACAGACAACGGGGCGGGAUACGCCUUCAUCAAGCGUAUCAAGGAGGGCAGUGUGGUGGACAAUGUGAAGGUGAUCUCUGUAGGAGACCACAUAGACUGCAUCAACGGGAAGUGCAUUGUGGGAACACGUCACUACGAGGUGGCUCGAAUGCUGAAGGAGCUCCCGAAAGACCAGACGUUCACCCUCAAACUGGUGGAGCCCAUGAAGGCCUUCGAGAUGCUGGAGCCGAGGUCGAAGGGCGCCAAGCCAGCCAGUGACAAUAAGAUGGGGACAGGGAGAGGGACUCUGAGACUGCGCGCCAAAGGACCUGCUACCGUAGAGGAAGUGCCAACAGAGUUUGAGGAGAAAGCGGUGAAGAAGGUGGAUGAUCUGCUGGAGAGUUACAUGGGUAUCAGAGACACAGAACUGGCGGCGACCAUGGUGGAGGUGGGUCGGGACAAGAAGAACCCUGAUGAGUUUGCCAUGGCUCUGGACGAGGCUCUCGGAGACUUCGCCUUCCCCGACGAGUUCGUGUUCGACGUCUGGGGCGCCAUUGGAGACGCCAAACAGGGACGUUUUUAAUGUUUUAACUGAUUCCCCAGAUCCCCCUAGCCUGGUCUGAGACGACACAAACAGAUCUGGGACCAGGCUACCAAUUCCCCUGAGUUCCACAGCCUCAUCCAGCCAACUGGACAAAUAUCAGCCAGUAGAGAAAGAGGGGUGUUUUUUUUUUUAGGGGUAACACUAUAUAUUGCCAGGGACCUCACGAUACGAUAUUAUCAUGAUACUUAGGU